ACACUGUAUAGCUAUGGCGUCCAGGCCAGAGGACAAAACUCCCGCUCACGGAGUACAGUACUCCAUCACCUUCAGCUGUCUGCGACCGGAACACAUACUGGUCGCCUGGCAGCCCAUUCCCCUCACAAUUCUACCCCACGAAGGAUGGAUGAAAGCAAAGUCAACUUGGGAUUGGGAAUGAACCAAG